AACCGAUAAUUUUGCGACACACUCUUUUUGUCUUUGCCAUCAAACAAUAUCAUUAACGCCAACACUUCACUUAACUCAUAACUCACAACAACACCAAUACAUAAAAAUGACUAUUGAUGAAGGAGAUUUGUCGGAUGACUCAUUCCGAGGAUUGAUGAGAAAUUUAAAUCUCGAUGAAUCUCAAUUCAAGGAUUAUGACACUAAUUACUCGCAACUAUCACUUGAGAAGUUAUCCGAGAUCAAGCAAUCUAUAGAAUCACAAUUAAGCUUAUUAUUUGAUCUAUUGAAACAUAAAUAUAAUGCUGAUAUGGAUACUAAACUUUUGACACUGGAUGGAUUUCCCAGAAGUGACAUUGAUGUUGUCAGUAUCAGACUCAUACGAGUAAAGAUCAUAAGAUUGAGAAAUGACGAUAAAGCAUUGUUGAAAGUGUUGGAUAAGAAGUUAAUUGAACAUUUUGAGAACAUUAGAGAUGUUCAAGCUACUGAAUCAUCACAAACAGAUACUUCCACUAAUACUUCAUCAUCAUUAUCAUAUACUGUACCAUUUGCAACAAUUCGAGAAAUUGCUCCCAAUGGUCCAGCCAAUACUGCUGGGUUAGUAGAAGGAGAUCAAAUUGUUCUAUUUGAUCAAAGCAUUCAUGCAGCUAAUCAUAAUAAACUUUCUAAUGUAGUAUCAAGUGUUCGAAAUGGGAUUGGGAAAUCAAUAGAGGUUCAAAUAUUAAGAAAUAAUGUACCUUUAACAUUACAUUUAAAGCCUACAAAUAAUUGGGGUGGUCAAGGAUUAUUAGGAUGCAGAUUGGUUCCGUUAUAAUAUUAAUAAUGAUUCUAUAAUACAGUAAGUUUAAAU